AUGGCCUGCAUUGUCGCCGGCUUCCCGUCCAACAUUGCCGCUCUGCAGUUUGAAUGGGCCUGGCACAAUGCUCACUUGACCAGACACAUAACGCCAGAGGAGCGUAUUUCUUUCGCCACCACCCGCACCAAAACAUCUGCCCAAACAGGAAAGGUCACACGAAGACCGGGCCGGCCGCGGACCUCCCUGAUAGAUAAAUUGUCCAACCUGCACCUCCUACUCCGGGUACCUUACUUCUCAAAGUGGCCACUUGAAGUGCGGUUCUUCAGCGAGGAUGCUUAUCGUUCCUGGGUGACAUGGUGCGGCCGGGUGGAUUCACGCAUUCGUCCCGGUAUCAAAGUUUAUUUUGACCCCGCGCAAUCAAUUUCGGAAGAACAGGAACACGAAUUCACCUCCGCUCAGCCGGCGACGAGGAGACGAAGGGCUGACCUGAUCGGAAAAGGCGGUGUUGAUGGUGUGGACCCAACAUAUGCAGGACUGCGUGAUGUGCUUGAAAAGUGCCAGUUCCUUCUAGAUGAAGGAGAUGACCACAGGUGUGCUGUGUGCGGAGAUGGCAUUGACCUGCAGAAAAGCCUCUUCGUGGUCUGUCAUACACAUGACUGCCCGGCCAUAUGCCACGUAACCUGCCUAGCGGAUUCGGCCCUCAACAAGGACCCGUCAACGUCCGUCGUACCCGAAGUUGCACAUUGCCCAAUGUGCAAGCAGGAACACCGGUGGCGGGAAUUGAUGCAACAGGUUACAUUAAGGACGAGGGGUCUGAAAGAGGUUCAGCAACUGUUGCGGAAAAGAGGGAAGACCACUGCUACAGUGCCAGCGGAGAUCUUAGAGACUGAAAGUGAGGACGAAGAUGGGGAUGAAGAGGACGAGGGGGAUGUUCUUACCGCGCAGGAAGUGGUAGACGAACUUGAAGCAGAAGACGUGAGCGAGGAGGAGCUGGCGGACAAUGCGUCGGUCUCCUCUGCAGAGUCGCUGCUAAGCAUUCCAUCCCACCUUGAGAGCCGUCUUGAUAAAAGCCCGCAGCCAGCCAGACUUGAAAUCGUGAUUGAGGAUAGCGAAGAUGAACGAUGA